AAGGGAACCCAAAUGUGAGGAAGACGAGAGGGAUGUGAAUGACGCAUCAUGAGACGAGCAGCAGACUCGAUAGUCCACUGACUCCACUCAGGAGGCGGGCGUUUCCGUAGGCCACUUCACUUUCGUUUCUGAAGCUAUGGAGAGAGGGAAAGAAAGUCCCCACAACUGUCUCUCUCCGCUGCUGGACAAAACUGUCACCGCCAAUAAUGCUUGGGGCAUUCUAAUUCAAACUAACACGCCCUUCUUUCCUCUUAUCUCUGCUUUCGGAUCCAUCAACUUGGUUUGAGUUUGAGCUUCAAGUAUAUGCGAGACUUGUAGUAUAUCUUCUUGAACUCUCUAUCUAUUUAUUUAUCGCCCUUUGUUUGUCUUUACUGCCUAUUCCACCUCCUCUUCAUCACUGUUUAACCUCUCACCUUCCUCUUCGGAGAACAACAUUCUUCUCCUCUAGCCAUAGCAUUUAAUAUUAUUCUAUAAAGAGUAUCAACUGCUCCCAAAACGAAGGAAUGUGUUUUGGGCUGAUAUGGGGUCUCCUUCUGCUCAUUGGGUUUUUCAUUUAAUGCUAUUGUUUUGUUAGCAUCACUGUGGAAUGCAUGUUGUUACCUCUAGACAGAGAAGUAGAAAGGCUAAAUUAACACACUUCAGAACUGCUCUGCCGUUCAAAUGGAGAGGCUCCAAGGACCCAUUAAUCCUUGCGUAUGAUAAAUGCUAUCCCUCUCUGUUUCUAUUUAUUUCCGUUUUCCUUUUUCAUUGUCACCCACUUUUAGAAUUUUCUUUUCAGAACAUGUGCAUUACAUUCAUUUAAUUCUUCAAAUGUUUUCCAUUGAAUGGCUUUGUGUAAUUUCUCCAGGAUGGAUAUUAGAAUAUCUACUUUGUACUUACAAUGAACAUGCUUUGUUUCUUAUUAUAUAUUUCUCUUAUCACUCUGGAUUCUCUUCUUUUCAGUUUUAUGGUGAAUAUUCAGAGACAGGUUGCUCGGAACAAGAAUUCACAAACUUGGGAUUUGAAGAAUCAGAAGAAGUUUGUUUACUAACCUCAAGUUUGGAAGAUAAAAUACCAUUCCUUCAGAUGCUGCAGAGUGUGGAAUCGCAAUCAUUCAAGGAACCUAACUUUCAAAGCUUGCUGAAGCUGCAGCACCUAACCAAACCAUGGGAAGGGGGGGUUAAUAAAAUUCAGGAGCUUGUACAGUUGUUUUCUUCACCAAUAAACUCAGAAACGAAGGACCAAAAUCAACCUCCAAAGUCGGACAGAGUGUUCUCAGAGUGUAACCAAAAUCAAGGCAUAUCCCAGACCCAAAUGACAAAGGCUCCUCCAGUCAUCAAGGAAAGAAGAAAACGAAAGAGAUCCAAACCAACAAAAAACAAGGAAGAAGUAGAGUGCCAAAGAAUGACCCACAUUGCUGUUGAGCGCAACCGGAGACGGCAAAUGAACGACCAUCUCAACGUUAUCAAGUCUCUCAUACCUACGUCCUAUGUACAAAGGGGUGACCAGGCAUCCAUAAUUGGGGGCGCAAUAGACUUCGUGAAGGAAUUGGAGCAGCUACUUGAAUCUUUGGAAGCACUGAGGAAAGAAAGGAAGGGAGCGGAAGGUGAGUGUAAGGGUGAGCAGUCAGAAGUGCGAGUGGCAUCAAAUAGGAGAAUAGGAGAAGGGGUUUGCGCCGAGCUCAGGUCAGAAGUGGCUGAGAUUGAGGUUACAAUGAUUCAAACCCAUGUAAACUUAAAGAUAAGGUGCCCCAAAAGGCAAGAUCAGUUGUUGAAAGUCAUUGUUGCUUUGGAAGAUCUUAGGCUCACAGUUUUGCAUCUCAACAUUACCUCACAAACCGCUGCCACCAUGCUUUACUCCUUCAAUCUAAAGAUAGAAGAUGAAUGUAAGCUAGAAUCAGAGGAGCAGAUUGCAGCAACGGUUAAUGAAAUAUUCAGUUUUAUCAACAAUGGCAGACUGGUCAAUGAGGCAAAGGAAAAUUUCAGGCAGUACAGUGGCAGUCGCUGACUAUGGAAGAGGACCUUCCCUAUUUCCCAUUCGAAAAAAGGAAAAAUAGAAAAGCCAAGCUCAGGAAAUAAGGAUGAGGUUAAGUUGGAGUGCGUGUGACUGUGGUCACCUCGAAUACUGUUCUUUAGUGUACCACAGAUGGGUUGGUCAAAUGGUUAUGGCAGGCUUAAAACAAGUGUUUGUCGUCUCCUGCUUUACUCAAAUUCAUAAAUCUUUUACAAAAUAAAUUAAACUACACAGCUUUUUUAUAUUCCUUUUUUUUCUUUUUUAUUGGGAGAGGAUGAGGGAAAUAUUGUGCAUCGUCAUUCAUUAAUAUUUUUAUUGAGAUGAAUUUUUUCCUUUGAGUUU